AUGUUUGCACAUGCGCCCAAUACUCUACAACUGGAGCUGAAGGACUCUGAUGGUGAUGCCUACCGGAUCCAAGUGGCGUGGCCACUAGCCUGGAAUGAUCCGAAGACCCCUGGCCAUAGCGCCUCUAUCAUCUAUGUUCUCGAUGGCAAUGCGCUCUUCUUUACAACAGCCGAAGCGUCCCGCCGUAGUGCCAUGCUUCCCACAAGUGAUGCAGCGGUUGUGGUAGGAAUUGGGUAUUCAAUCGAAGACAGGCCAUACAGUCCACGAAGGCAUUAUGACUACACACCACCGUGUGAUACUUAUAUAGCACCAUGCGGAGUUGAUGGUCAACAGCAAACUAUGCCUCACGGCGGUGCAACGCGCUUUCUUGAAUUCCUUGUCGGUACAGUACGGACCACUUUGUUUGCAGACGUUUUCUGCGGUUUAUCCGUGACAAAAGAGAUUCUUAUCGGUCAUUCCCUGGGCGGGUUAUGUACUUUACAUGCCCUGUUCGAGAAUACAACGCCCUUUGAUACUUUUAUUGCACUUAGUCCUUCAAUAUGGUGGAACAAUGAGUUUAUCCUGGGAGAAGCUGAGCGUUUCCUGAAGCAGCGUUUGGAUGGGGUAGGUUCUGAGUCGCAUACCACAUUCCCUACUUUAAUGAUAAUAUAUGGGAGCCUGGAGCAAGACCGACGGCGCCAUCCCAGCUGGAGCGAGGAUAGAUACCGGAGAGUGAAAGCUUUAUCGCAGGAAAGGAAGAUGAAAGACAAUGCCGAUGCGCUAGCGAGCCGUCUGCGCGAAAGUGGCCAAUUAAGAAACGUACGGGUCAAGGAAUAUCAAGAUGAGGACCAUGGAAGUGUUGUUGGUGGUGGUAUUAGUUGGGCAGUUGGAGCUGUGUUGGACGAAGGGAGAUUCUUUUCUGAUGGGGAUAAUUAG